AUGUCGGAUUUUGCACGGCAAGCAAACCACCGGGAAGAAGACUACACGUCCCAGCAGCCUAGGUGGCUCCUGAGCGCCCCCCGCGCCAGAGAUCUGGCGGCUGAGAUUUGCGCGAUCGGGCAUGGAGGAGGCGUGGAUCUCCGCGGGGGGGGAGACGGAGAGAUCGCUCUGAAGGGUCGAAAGCCGCGGGAAACCCUCCCGGGGGAGCCGCCGUGGUGCUGUUGGCCGAUGCGGAGGCUGGUGUCAUUUAAAGAUGUGGCCGUGUAUUUCACGGAGGGCCAGGGGGCUCUGCUGGAUCCAACCCAGAAAGCUUUAUACAAAGAAGUCAUGGUGGAGAAUUAUGAGAACGUGGCCUCCUUAGGGUUUCCCGUUCCGAAGCCAAAUCUCAUCUCUCGUCUGGAACGAGGAGAAGAACCUUGGCUGUUAGAUUCUCCAGGGCUGGAUGCCAACAGCUCAGAGGCACUGAGGAAAAAGAAUUCCUGUCGGAAGUGUGGAAAAUGCUUCGUUCAGAAAUCGGAUCUGGCUAUCCAUCGACUACUUCACAAGGGAGAGAAACCUUUUAAAUGUCUGGAAUGUGCAAAAUAUUUUGUUCAUCACUCCGAGCUUGUGAAACACCAGCGCGUCCAUACAGGAGAGAGACCCUUUAAGUGCUUCGAGUGUGGAAAGUGUUUUUCACGGCAGUCUGUCCUUGUCAACCAUCACCGGAUCCACACCGGAGAAAAACCUUAUCGGUGCCUGGAGUGUGUGAAGUGUUUUACUCAGAGAUCACAACUCAUCCGACACCGAAGGGUCCACACGGGAGAGAAACCUUAUAAAUGUCUGGAGUGUGGGAAGUGUUUUGCCCGUCACUCGGUUCUCAUCAAUCACCAGAGAGUCCACACCGGAGAAAAACCGUACCAGUGCUUACAGUGUACCAAAUGUUUCGCCCGUCAGUCUGUCCUGAUGAGCCAUCAAAGAGUCCACACGGGAGAGAAACCCUACAAGUGUCAGGAGUGUGGCAAAUGCUUUGCUCAUCAGUCGAACCUGGUCAACCAUCAGAGAAUUCACACGGGGGAGAAGCCCUACAAAUGCAUGAAAUGUGGAAAAAGUUUUGCCCAACAAUCUGAUCUUGUAAAACACAGGAGAAUCCACACAGGGGAGAGACCUUACAAAUGCCCAGAAUGUGGGAAAUCUUUUGCGAUCCGUUCAGAUGUUGUGAAUCACCAGAGGGUCCAUACAGGGGAGAAGCCUCACAAAUGCCCGGAAUGUGGGAAGUGUUUUGCUCAACGUUCGGCUCUCGUCAGUCAUCAAAGAGUCCACACGGGAGAAAAGCCGUACAAGUGCCUGGAGUGUAAGAAAUGUUUUGCUCAGCUAUCCAAUCUUGUGAAACACCAGCGAAUCCACACAGGAGAGAAACCCUAUACAUGCCUAGAGUGUGGGAAAUGCUUCAGGCGGCGUUCCCAUCUUCACGUGCACCAUCGAAGGAUUCACAGAGGGAUGAACCCAUUCAAAUGCUCCGAGUGUGGGGAAUGUUUUGACCAGCACUCGACCCUCGUGAGUCACUGGAUGGUCCACACGGGAGAACAACCCUACGAGUGCCUGGAGUGCGGCAAAUGCUUUCCUCGACCCUCGUCUCUCGUGAAGCAUUGCCGCAUCCACACAGCCGAGAAACCUUACACCUGCUUGGAGUGUGGGAAGUUUUUUGCCCAGCGCUCAGGCCUAGUUAAACAUCAGCGCAUCCACACGGGAGAGAAGCCUUACGUGUGCUCGGAGUGUGGAAAAUGUUUUGCGGACAGCUCCUCCCUCGCCAGACACAAAAGGGUUCACACGGGAGAGAAGCCCUACAUGUGUUCCGAAUGUGGGAAACGCUUUUCAGACCGAUCCAAUGUCUUGGCUCAUAAGAGAGUCCACACGGGAGAGAAGCCUUACAAAUGCCUGGAGUGCGGAAAGUGCUUCACUCACCGGUCACACAUAGUGAAACACCAGAAAUUUCACCUGAAAGAGAAAGCCUCAAAAUACCAGCCGCCCUUGGAAAAAAACACACAAAUGUCACCAUUUUCUAAAACGGUUAAACGUGAACUACUCUGAGCCUUCUGAAGGACCUUUAUGUUUCCUCCACAGGGGCUUGAUAUCGACUACUCAUAACCAGGGAUAAAACAGUUGUAGUUCUGUAAUACCUCUGUUGUUUAACACAUAUACCCACCCAUUGGGGAUAGUUUUUAAGGGACAAAAUGGAUGCCUUAAUCUUUGCAGAGGCUAUAUGCUCUUGACUAAGACCUUUGCUAUAAUGCCAGGCAUGGUAAUGAAAUCAGUGCUGGCUUUUCUGCAUCAUAUUUAAUUUCCAUUGAAAAGCCCUUGGGUUAGACAAAAUACUGCAGUCACUCAGUGGCAAACUGGUUGACUGAAUUCAUGGCUCCCAGAUCUCAAAUUACAG